AUGUCCAUGUGCGAAUCGAUUUGCCAUACGACGCCGUCCGCCACAGAUUCGCCAUCACUCCAAAGGCUCUGUCUUUCUCCGCCGAAUCUUCUCUGGAACCCUAAUCUGCGUUGUGACUGCUGCGAUAUCACUGGCGUUGAGUUCACUGUGAAAGAUGGAGUUUUGACCAUGAUUGUCUCGAGGGUUCAGGUCAAGGAUCUACCGAACAAGUCACGAGGGAGUACUCGUUGGAGAAGGAUGCCUUGUGGUGGAAAUGGAACCCAUGACUGCUGGAUGCUUCGCUUAAGGCAUGCAAAGAUCAGGGGAAGGAGGGGAUUUCGAUAA